CUCCGCCGCUUUGUAUUGCUGAGGGAGGGAAGAUGGCGGCGCGGGCGGGCUUCCAGGCUGUAGCUCCGAGCGGCGGCGGCGGCGGAGCUGGCCCUGGGGCGGGACCGCUGGGACCAGGGACUGCCGGCCCUCCCGUGCGGAUGGGCCCGGCCCCCGGACAAGGAAUGUACCGCUCUCCUCUGCCCGGCUCUGCAUACCCGCGCCCUGGCAUGUUACCUGGCAGCCGCAUGAACCCUCAGGGACCUGCAAUGGGACCUCCAGGGUAUGGCGGGAGUCCUUCAGUUCGACCAGGGAUGGCUCAACCAGGGAUGGACCAGUCUCGCAAAAGGCCAGCCCCUCAGCAGAUCCAGCAAGUUCAGCAACAGUCAGUACAGAACCGCAACCACAAUGCCAAGAAGAAGAAGAUGGCUGACAAGAUUCUACCUCAGCGGAUCCGGGAACUAGUACCGGAGUCUCAGGCGUACAUGGAUUUGUUGGCGUUUGAGAGAAAGCUGGACCAGACCAUCAUGAGGAAGCGGCUAGAUAUCCAGGAGGCCUUGAAACGACCUAUUAAGCAAAAGCGGAAGCUGCGCAUCUUUAUCUCUAAUACCUUCAACCCUGCCAAGUCGGAUGCAGAAGAUGGGGAAGGCACUGUGGCCUCCUGGGAACUCCGGGUGGAGGGCCGGCUACUAGAAGAUUCAGCUCUCUCCAAAUACGAUGCCACCAAGCAGAAGAGAAAGUUCUCAUCAUUCUUUAAGUCUCUGGUGAUUGAAUUGGACAAGGACCUCUAUGGCCCAGACAAUCACUUGGUGGAGUGGCACAGGACUGCGACUACCCAGGAGACAGAUGGCUUCCAGGUGAAAAGGCCUGGCGAUGUGAAUGUGCGCUGCACGGUCCUCCUGAUGUUGGACUACCAGCCUCCCCAGUUCAAACUGGACCCACGUUUGGCUCGCCUCUUAGGGAUCCAUACCCAGACACGCCCGGUGAUCAUCCAGGCACUCUGGCAGUAUAUCAAGACUCACAAGCUGCAGGACCCCCAUGAACGGGAAUAUGUCAUUUGUGACAAGUACCUCCAGCAGAUAUUCGAGUCUCAGCGAAUGAAGUUCUCAGAGAUCCCGCAGAGGCUGCAUGCGCUGCUCAUGCCUCCCGAGCCAAUCAUCAUCAACCAUGUCAUCAGCGUUGAUCCAAAUGAUCAGAAGAAAACGGCUUGUUAUGACAUUGAUGUGGAAGUGGAUGAUACUCUGAAAACGCAGAUGAAUUCAUUCCUGCUCUCCACAGCCAGCCAGCAGGAGAUAGCUGCGCUGGAUAACAAGAUCCAUGAGACCAUAGAAACCAUUAACCAGCUGAAGACCCAGCGGGAAUUCAUGCUGAGCUUUGCCAGGGACCCGCAGGGCUUCAUCAAUGACUGGCUGCAGUCCCAGUGCCGCGACUUGAAGGCUAUGACUGACGUUGUGGGGAAUCCAGAAGAGGAGCGCCGAGCUGAAUUCUACUUCCAACCGUGGGCUCAGGAGGCUGUGUGCAGAUACUUCUACUCCAAGGUUCAGCAGAGACGGCAGGAGCUAGAACAGGCUCUGGGGAUCCGCAACACAUAGAUAGGCCUGUCUCUCCCCGGCCAGCAGAUCCAAUGACUUCCAAACACACUGCAGGGAUUCACUGCUCAGGCCUCUACAGUUCCCACUCCAGCACAGAACCUACCACUCUCUUACCGCCAGCAUCAUCUCUUUCUGCUGCUCUGGUCCCGUCCUCACGGGGAUGAAGUGGGCAGCCAGACCAAAGGUCUUGCAUUUCAGCCUGGCCCUCCUUCCUUGACUGGUUGCCUUUAGAGCCCCCGGGCUCUUCUGUCCUGGCUCUAGCUGAAGCUCUGCCACUUCUGGGACAGCUUCAGUUGAGGGCCUUGCAAGCUCAGGACCUCCUUAGGAUCCCAUCCUGCUCACCCCCAGCGCUCUGGGCUCGACGACUCUUCCACACAUCAACUCUAGAUCUUGCCAGGCGGGCGCAGUCUGGGCCUGUUCAGUUUACUGCAGGGCCUGGGGGACAGCCACCUUUGGAUGCCUGCCAGCCUUUCAAGGGGUGAGGGAUGAGGUGCAUCCCUUGGCCCUUGAGAGGUGGCCUGUCCUCCUGCGUGUGGCUUCCUCUGGGAAUGCCAAUGCAGCAAAGUUGGCAAAGAGCAGCGGGACCACAACAGUCAUAUCAGUCUGUCUCGAUCUGGGUGUGAAUUUUUAAAGACAGUUUGCAUGCAGGCUGGCUGAUAGAGCUGCCUGGUAAGGCCCUGGGCCGCAGUGACCACCCCAGACCGCUGCCUUGGCAGGGCCGAAGCAUCUCCAUCCCAGCCCCGUAGCUGCUCUUCUCUUCCAUUUCUUGCACCAUUCUCUCGAUCCACAGAAGUCGGCAGAAGGACACUGCCAGGCUCUCCUUUUGUCUUCCUCACCUGACUGGCACAGAGCAGGUUUCUGGAGCAGGUUGUAGGGUGGGGAGUGGAGGUAAGUCGGCAGGUGGCUUGUCCUGAGGAAUUGCAGCCUAGAUGCUGCACGGCUUCCUUUCUGUCCUGUGUUCCUGGGCUCGGGCACUUGCUGCUUCGGGGGGUGGGGAUGGGGUGCCGCUGCAUCUUCCGGGGUUUGUAGUGCAGCUGGAUGGGUCCCAGCUGCUUAUACUGUUAACACUAGCUGCAAAAAUCACAUUACUGACAAGUCCCCUUCCUCUUCUCCCCGGACGAGACCGGGGCCUGCUAUGAAUUCAGGAGUCCCAGUGGCCCCAGUCCCUUUACAUGUGUGUGUCUGUGCGUAGGGGUGUGUGCACACGUGUGUGUCCACAUUAAGAGUGAGAGACACUACCCUUCCUGUCUAGUCCUUCCCAUAUAAAAGAUCACCUCGCCCCUAUCCCCACCCUACUCCUAACCUGCUUUACGGUGCCAGGGAAUAGAGCCCUGGUGCUUUCCGUAGCUGCCACAGGCUCUCGGGGCAAGUAUAGAUGAAGGAAGCUCAGAGACUGACCGGCUUGGCAAAAUCUAGCUCUUUUUAAUUGCUCCUUGUUAAGCUUUGUGUUUUGUGGUUCCCUUCCUCCCCUUCCUCCCUCGGACCAAAUUUUUUUUGUACUGUAUCCUUUUAGAUGUUGCCCCAUUUUAAUAAAAGCUUCCUCUGAAA